AUGAGUCCGCUUUUCAGCUCCUUCGACUUCCAUCUAGAUGCAAUACCCCGUUACCUCUUUCGAACCUUCGACCCGAAGAGCUUUGGAAAGAGUGACGAGGAAGUGGUGGCUUCCCCAGCGAGCGAGAGUCGGACAGUGAACAGCAGAAUUGACAUACUGAGCCAGGAAAAGGGUUUUGCCAUGUCCGUAGUGGACCGGCAUAUGAAUCCAUGGAGGGUUAAGGAUUACGCGAGCCAGCAACCUGACAAUCUGAUGUCCUGGACGUCGUCCUUGCUCUACGCCAUCCAGUAUGCGCUCUAUCGGCGUUAUCACCACGGCUGCAACUCGAAGGAUAUCAAGAUCUGCGUGGUGGAUACUCGAAAGUUCCUUCGAGGGCAGUUUAUCCAUGCCAAGCGGCUUUUGCAGGCGUAUUAUACUCUCGUCAAGCGGGCUGAUAUGCGGCAAUCUUUUGACCUCCGCCUUCUCGUCUACAUCUACCAAAAUGGAGAGUACCUGUCGCAGGGUCAGCUGAAUCACAAGGGGCGAUCGCGAGUGAUUUCGCUGGCCCAGCUGGAGGAGUCCGGUUUGUAUUCGCUGUAUCCGGAGUUUGCAGAUGUGCGGCGUCAUACAAAAUGGGCCGUCACCACGGCGUACCUUCGCCAGCUAUGGACGAUGGAGCAGAUAACCACCUACAAAGAGCUGGAAUGGGCGGUAGCGUUAGCUCGGCAAUGCUUCGGAGGCUUCGGGGUGUUGGAUAUUGCCGUCAUGAUUCUCUGCUUCAAGGAACGUGUCGUUGGGCGGCGCAUCACUACAGACAAUAAUUUAGUUCCGAAUCUAGAGACACCUCUGCCCGAAUGGGGACGCAAGCCACAGGAGGUUCAGCAAUACCUCAUAGCCUCACAAGCUCUGCGGUCUCUGCCGCGAACUGCCUUCGGCGAGGCCUCAGAGGAAACGGACGAGAAGGUACUCCAGGCGCUUUGUGGCUGUUUCCAGGUUCAGGCAUACGAGUAG